AUGGUUAACAUAGAAGUUGCUCUAGCUGUAACUGGAGGAUUAUUUGCUCUAUUCAUUAUCCUUGCAGCCGCAACUAGUGGCUACCUAUAUUUUUGGUGUGACUUCCAGUUGCAAAAUGAUACGUCAACUUUUGAGCUCAACCAAGUCAUCAUCAAAUCAAAGCCAUGGUGGAGACGUAAACGAUCGCCACAAGUUGACUUGGAGAAAGCUGAAGGUCAUCCAGCAACCAUUGGUAAUCCAGCUGCAGCACUAGUUGAUGAUGAUAAUGGUAUGCUUCUUGUGACCCUAUCCACUGAUACAGUCAAUCAGACUACUAAGCCUUUGGAAGAUCUACACAAGAUGUUAGCAACUUUUGAUACCAGUACCGAUGGUCUUCUAGAAGUGACGCUUUCAAGUAGUAGAAGGCCCUCCAAUACCAUUCAAUCAAUUGAAAUCAACAAAGACACGUCUCGAACCUAUCACCAGACCAUAGUGGUGAUCCCAUCGUUGAUAUCAAGGCAAUAUAUUACUGACCAAUAUGAUACGUUCUCCAAGACGGUAAUACUCCAAUCGAUGAUCGAAGACUCAUUAAACCCGAAGACUGUGGUGUUCAGAAAGGUCAGAGAUCCUUAUCUGGAUGCGCUCAUUGCCAUUGGAGGGUUGGUGGUGGUAGCUAAACCUUUUCAUGGCAAAAAUGAAUUUGAUUUCCAUCAUUUGCUGCCAGGAGACUUGCUUAGAGUUGUUAAAUUUUAUGUUCGAGAUGAUCCAUUGGAUAUCACCAAGUCUCUUCUUCUAAAAAAGGGGGAAGAAGAAGAAAAAGUGGAUGAAUCAUCGAAUGAAACACUUCGAUCCCCAGCUCUAGAAAAUCCAAUGAUGCGUCCUCCACCAUUCAUUGAUAGGAGUGAUGCAAACUAUCCAAACAUAUAUUGUUCUGGUAUAAAGCUUGAAACAUUCUUGGAAUACGAUGACAACAAUAAAUCCAUUAAAUUGAAGCUUGCAAAUACCCCACAAGUUGAUCCGGAGACUUUAAGGGAUUUUCCCUUAAGUAUCGUAACUUUGGAAACUACCAUACUCGAGCAAUGCGAGUGA